GGAGGAGGAGGAGGAGGCUUUCCCGACGACGUCGACGUCGUAACUUCUCUCGUUAACCUUACUUGAGCCGCAUUAUCCUCAAUAAUGCGCUUGACGUCUGCGAAUGGCUGCCCACGAAAUUGCGAAGACAAUCGGAUUGCCCAUCGCGCUUGUUCUCUCAUGACAACAUCGAAACAAUCGCGAGUUUAUCUUGUGAUCCGUGACGUUGGCGAUUGCCACUUCGAAAUAUUUCUUUUCUCCUGAAAUUUUCGUUUGCGUCAUUGUCCUAAGUCGCGUAAAUGUCUGUAAUAGAGCUCAGAGAAAAUGUGGACUAUCAGGUGGAAUUUCAAGCUGGUGAGAGACGAAUGGCUAUUAUGGUUUCCUUGUCGCCGAAUUUCCCACUGGAGAAGCCAGUACUUAGAGUUUCCCCACCGAUAAAUCAUCCCUGGUGCAACGAACAUAGUGAAAUUACCAGUGCGCCAGGAUUACUCAAUUUUUCAGUACACAGUGAUCUCGGUCGGGUCGUCCAAGCUAUUAUCAGAGAAUUCAGCAAGAAUCCACCGCAACUGUUAGAGGAUAUUUCGCCUGGUUCUACUAAACCUCUCACAGAACUACAGGGAAGGAAUUCGCCGUCUUACUCACUUCAGCAGUAUCCCGUCGAAAUUCCGUCGACAUCAUUCAAUUCAUAUUACAACACGCAGUUUCCGCAUCUGUCGUCCUCUAACGCGAACACAUGCAUUUAUAAUUAUAACUACACAGAUUCUGGUCACACAUACGUGUCGACCUCGAAGUCAUUCGGCAGCGCGUCACAUCACUCGACGUAUAUUCCAAAUUCGAGGAGUAAUGCGCUUCAAAAUUCCACGUCUGCGCGAUUAUAUACCUCGGAUCAACAUGGCGCGCCUUACCUGAACUCUCAUUACGCAAAUGCGAACUAUCAACAGCCGUUGCCGAAUCAGUCGCAAACGCCACAGAGUAUAAUAUUUCCCGAAUUAAAUAAUUUGACUAACGAGGAAUUGAAGAGGCUUAGCGAGGAUGACGACAAGCUAGACGAUUUUCUGGAGAAACAUUCCCAAAUUAAAGAUAUAAAUAUGGCGAUUGAAGAUGCUAUGGAUUGGGUUGAGAAAACUGCCGAAGCUAAUGCAGCCAAAGAACCUGAAUUGAAGCAGCUACAGGCUGAUGUAGUGGAUAAAGUGAAAACGGUGGCGGCAUUGAAAGCCAGAUACGAUCAUCUUAUACAACGAUACAACAAACUGUCUGAAGUUUUCACACCAGAUCACAUAAAAGAAUGUUUGAGGCAGGCGGCGGACGAGAGUCACGAGGAGAGCGAAAAGAUCGCCGAGGAAUUUCUCAACCGGAAGAUUGACGUCGAGCGUUUUCUUAGCACGUACAUCGAGUGCCGGAAAUUGGGUCAGGCUAGGCGAACUAAGGAAGAGAAACUGGCGCAUCAGUUGAACGAAUUAAAACGGGCUGGUUUCUGAGAUAAAUAUAAUAUAUAUAAUCAUUUUUUUCUAUGAAUUGAACAAAAAACUGUAAAUAAGACUUAGUUAAAUUAAACGUUAUUGUGAAUUUAAA